AUGAACCCAGGUUCUAAUAAGUCCAUCGUCCACGGUGACGACUCAUCCUCGAGCCGCAAAUCUACCGGCACCGAGGACAUGUUGCGUCUUCGAAAAGAACGACUUUGCCUUUUCGCACUCGACAAUGAAUGCCCCAAUCCGAUGCUGCCUCAUAUGAUGGGCCUGUCUGGACUUUCAAUCGAAAAGAGCCGUAGACGCAAGCUUCAGGAGAUAAAGAGUGCUAUCUCAAAAGUUGAGAAAUGA